AUGGAGGCGGCGCGGAGCUGUAACGGGUAUGCGCGGCAGGAGAGGCCGCCGCCGCCCUCCGCCUCCCCGUCGGCGGGCGCCGAGAAGCCGCGCGUCCCCCCCGGCGGCGGCAGCGGGGACGGCUGGCGGGACGAGCGGCCCCGCAGCGAGGAGGACAACGAGCUGAGCCUGCCCAGCCUGGCCGCCGCCUACACCACCAUCCUGCGCUCGCUGGGCGAGGACCCCGAGCGGCAGGGGCUGCUGAAGACGCCCUGGAGGGCGGCCACCGCCAUGCAGUUCUUCACCAAGGGCUACCAGGAGACCAUCUCGGAUGUUCUGAAUGACGCCAUCUUUGAUGAAGAUCAUGAUGAGAUGGUAAUUGUGAAGGACAUAGACAUGUUCUCAUUGUGUGAGCAUCACCUCGUUCCAUUUGUUGGAAAGGUACAUAUUGGCUAUCUUCCUAACAAACAAGUACUUGGCCUCAGCAAGCUUGCUAGGAUCGUGGAAAUAUACAGUAGAAGAUUACAAGUCCAGGAACGCCUUACCAAACAAAUUGCAAUAGCCAUCACAGAAGCCUUACAGCCCGCUGGAGUUGGAGUGGUUAUUGAAGCUACGCAUAUGUGUAUGGUAAUGCGUGGGGUACAGAAAAUGAACAGUAAAACAGUAACCAGCACAAUGUUGGGGGUAUUCCGGGAAGAUCCAAAGACCCGUGAAGAAUUCUUGACACUUAUCAGGAGCUGA